CAGUGACUUAACGUUUUAAGAGUGUUUUCUUAUCUGAAAAAAGAAGUAGAUAACACUUUCCCCUCCAAGAAAGACAGCAGUGCUUAGAACUUAGUAGAGGGAUUAAGUUCAGAGUUGUUUUCUAGCUCUUUCAGAGAGUCAUUUAUUGGUCUAGAUUAUCAUUGAAGUGGCAUGUCCAUUUGUUAAUCAAUGAUCACAAGAAUCCCUCUGUUUUUGUCCCAUGUGUUUAUCCAAUUCUUGGUUACAGCAGCUUUGACAAAUUCAGAUCAUUAUGUAGCUAUAAAGUCCCUCAAAGAUGGGUGGGAGAAGGUACCACCCAGUUGGAAUGGAGCAGACCCUUGUGGUGAUCACUGGGAUGGAAUUGGUUGCAUAGGCUCAAAUGUUGUUUCACUAACUUUAGCAAGUUUGAAUCUGAGGGGCCAGAUUUAUGGAGACAUUGAGGGGCUAUCAGAGUUGCAAAUUCUGGACCUAUCAUACAAUGCAGGUCUGACUGGACCCCUUCCUCAAACAAUUGGUAACUUAAAGAAGCUCUCUAAUCUAAUCCUUGUUGGUUGUGGGUUUUCUGGACAAAUUCCUGACACGAUCGGAUCUUUGAGCAACCUGAAAUAUCUAUCCCUGAAUUCAAACAAGUUUAUUGGCUCAAUACCACCUUCCUUGGGUAAACUUUCAGAACUCUAUUGGCUGGAUUUGGCUGACAAUAAGCUCACUGGAUGUAUACCAGUCUCUAAUGGGAGCACACCUGGCCUUGAUAUGCUUGUUGAAACAAAACACUUUCAUUUCGGGAAGAACCAAUUGUCUGGUCCUAUUCCAGCUCAGCUCUUCAGCUCAAAGAUGAAACUGAUACAUUUGUUGCUCGAGCGAAAUCAGCUUACAGGAAGCAUCCCUGAAACAUUGGGACAUGUUCAGUCUUUGGAAGUUGUUCGUCUGGACAGGAACUUGCUGAGUGGAUCUGUCCCAUCAAACCUUAACAAUCUCACUUCCAUCAAUAAUCUGUACCUGUCAAACAAUAAUUUAAAUGGUCCUUUUCCCAACCUCAAUGGCAUGAAUUUCCUCGACUAUGUAGACAUGAGCAAUAACACAUUUGAUCCAACAGAUUUUCCAUCAUGGCUCUCUACUUUGACAUCUCUCACAACACUAGUAUUGGAGAAUACAAGACUGCAAGGACCUAUCCCAGCUUCACUUUUUAGCCUUGAUCAGUUGCAGAAUGUCAUCUUGAGGAACAACAAACUUAAUGGCACACUGAGUAUUAGCUCCCACUACAGCAGCCAGCUAGGAUUAGUCGAUUUACAAACUAAUUUUAUAGAUUCAUUUACAGAGAAACAAGGGUAUAAAUUUCAGAUCAGCCUCACUGACAAUCCAAUAUGUCAUGAAGAAGAAGGAGAAGACCUCAAAAGUUAUUGUGGACUUCCAAAACGUGGCUUAGAACAAGUACCAAGUCCUACUGCAGCAAGUUGCUCACCUACUACACAGUGUGGCUUAGAACAAGUACCAAGUCCUACUACUUGUGCUUGUGUUUAUCCUUAUACCGGCAAUCUGAUUUUCAGAGCUCCUUUCUUCUCCAGCUUGGAAAGACGUAUAUUUCUUAGCCUGGAAGAGUCUAUGAUGCAUUCGUUCCAAUCUCAUCAGCUUCCAGUGGAUUCAGUCUCCUUGAGUAAUCCGACCAAAGAUUUGGAUGAUUAUCUGGUAUUGCGCCUGCAAAUCUUUCCAUUAGGUCAAAAUCAUUUCAACCGGACAGGAGUUUCUAAAAUUGGAUUUGUUCUCACCAAUCAAACAUUCAAGCCACCUAAAUCAUUUGGACCGUAUUUCUAUGCUGCCGAUAUCUACAGAUUCUUUGACGGUUUGGAGCCUACAAGAUCAGGCAAGUCUUCAAAUACAGUUAUUAUAAUUGGAGCAGCUGUUGGUGGUUCGGUCCUCCUGAUACUAUCACUUUUAGUUGGAGUUUAUGCUUUCCGCCAAAAAAGAAGAGCUCAAGAAGCUGAUAAAAAGAAUGAUCCAUUUGCGUCUUGGGAUGCGUCCAAAAGCAGCGGUGGCUUUCCACAGCUAAAUGGAGCAAAGGUUUUCUCAUAUGAUGAGGUUGCAAAGUGCACAGAAAACUUCUCAGAAACCAAUAAUAUUGGAUCUGGUGGUUAUGGGAAGGUAUACAGAGGAACUCUUCAUAAUGGACAACUGGUUGCGAUAAAAAGAUCUCAGAAAGGAUCAAUGCAGGGCAGUCUUGAGUUCAAAUCUGAGAUAGAGCUUCUCUCAAGGGUUCAUCACAAGAAUGUUGUUGGUCUAGUCGGGUUUUGUUUUGAUCAAGGGGAAUAUAUAUUAGUCUAUGAAUUUAUUCCAAAUGGCACACUGAAAGAAAGUCUGUCUGGGAAAUCUGGUAUCAGGCUAGAUUGGAUGAGGAGGCUGCGGAUAGCCCUUGGAGCUGCAAGAGGGCUGCAGUAUCUGCAUGACCUUGUUAAUCCACCAAUCAUCCACCGUGACAUCAAAACCAAUAAUAUUUUGCUUGAUGAACGCUUAAAUGCUAAAGUUGCUGAUUUCGGUCUCUCCAAGUCUAUGGGUGAGCACGAGGGGGGUCAUGUCACCACUCAAGUUAAAGGAACAAUGGGCUACUUGGAUCCUGAAUAUUACAUGACAAACCAGCUGACAGAGAAGAGCGAUGUUUAUAGCUUUGGAGUGGUGAUGCUAGAGAUUGUAACGGCAAGGCCUCCUAUAGAGAAAGGGAAGUACAUUGUGCGGGAAGUGAAACAAUCAAUGGUUGAGGCUAAAGAAACGCAUGAUCUUCUUCUUGGAGUUCUCGACCCGGCCAUUUUCUCAAGUGUAACACCUGCAAGCCUGGAGAAAUUUGUUGAACUUUCCUUUAGGUGUCUCGAAGACACUGCAUCAAUAAGGCCAACGAUGCGAGAAGUGGUAAAGGAGAUUGAGAAUAUCAUGGUAAUGGUUGGGUUAAACCCUCAUGCUGAGUCUGCUUCAACUUCAGGGAGCUAUUCAGGAGCAAGCAAAGGCUCAAGUCAUCCUUACAGUGAUUAAAGUCUGUCUGUCUACUCGGUUGUGACUUCAAAGUAAGAUAAGCAGCAACUUGGGUAUUUAACCAUUUUGUUUUCACAUGGCUUGAUACUCUUUAACAGCCUUAUGAUAUUUGUAUGUGCGAUUAGAGAUGAUGUACAAAGAUAUUCUUGUGAAAGAUGAGUUCAGUUUGCAAUCUUUCUUGGGGAUGGAAUCAAGUGUAUAGGCAAGAUGUGGCACACUCUCGGGGUUAUGGACUAGGGAGGCACGAUCAAGUAUCCCCCCAAACGUUAUACGAAGUAUAUAAGAAAGUAAGCUAAUCCAAAAGAUUUCAGACUGCUCCUAUAGUUUUAUCAUUAUAUGUGAUUAUUUUUUAACAUCGAACCUCGAGUCUUAAUAUGCAAUUAUCAAAUUCUAGUUUUUAUGUAUCAAUUGAUGAACCUCUUUUGAUAUAAUAAUCCAUGAAUGUGUAGCAUACAUUGUGCAAACAAUUAUUUUUUACCCAAUGAAGUAUGGUGUCAAACCGCAGGGAAGUGAGAAAAUAAAUAAUUAAGCACAAACUAAAGAUUCUAGUUUGGAAUGUGUUUCUUUUGAUAGUACUGGGUUACAUUAUUUAGAUAAUUUAGAUAUAUUUGGACAAACUAAAUCUUAUCAAAAUCUCAUUCAAGUUCCCGAAAUAUCUUGAUAAUUAUGAGACGGAUUUGCUCCCUUCUCUCGAUCAUUCACCGUCCACAGUCAACUCGGUAAAUUCAACGGUGUGCUCUAUUUCAAAAUUUCUUAAUUAUGAGAAAUUUUCGUGUACUCACAAAGCAUAUUUAGCGGCCAUCGCAUCUCGUGAUGAGCUUAAGUAUUUUUAUAGGCAGUACAAGAUCCUUUGUGGAGGGAUGUCUUGCAAAAAGAGAUUAAUCCAUUGGAAGAAAAUAACACCUGAGCUCUAGUUGCACUGCCACCAGGAAAAAGGGUUGUUCACUCAAAGUGGGUUUAUAAAAUUAAAUAUAAACCCAAUGACGAUGUGGAGCACUACACGGCUAGAUCGGUAGCCAGAGGUUUUACUCAAGUAGAAGGGGUUGAUUUUCACAAAACUUUUGCGCCUGUUGCUAAACUUGUCACAGUACGACGUUUGUUGGUUGUUUGUGCCAAAUGAAAUUGGAUCAUUCACUAGUUAGAUGUAAACAACGCCUUCCUCCACGACAAUCUUUUUGAAGAUGUCUAUAUGCGUCUACCACAGGGAUUUCUAUAAAGCAUGACCCCCGUGUUUGCAAGUCAUGCAAAUCCUUAUAUGGACUCCGACAAGCUUCUCCCGAUUGGUACCAUAAAUUCACUCAAGCACUUGUCAAAAUUGACUUUCGUCAAUCUUAAGUAGAUCAUUUUCUCUAUUUAUGAAAAGGGACUUAUUGACACCUGUGUUUGCAAGUCAUGCAAAUCCUUAUAUGGACUCCGACAAGCUUCUCCCGAUUGGUACCAUAAAUUCACUCAAGCACUUGUCAAAAUUGACUUUCGUCAAUCUUAAGUAGAUCAUUUUCUCUAUUUAUCAAAAGGGACUUAUUCACACUUUUGAUCUUAUAUACGUGGACGAUGUUAUCAUGGUCGAGGAUGACCUAUCUCACAUUAACACUAUCAAACGUUAUUUGGAUGUCCAAUUCAGCAUCAAAUACUUGGGAAAGCUUAAAUAUUUUCUUGGCAUUGAGGUUGCCUACUCUCCAGAAGAUUUCAUUUUAAGUCAAUGGUAAUAUACCCUUGACAUCUUAUCAGAAAGUGGUACUCUUGCUAGUUAUCCUAGUUUGUUUUGGAUGGAACAAAAUUUAAAACUCCACCCACACAAUGGUAGUCCGCUCGUAGAUGCCUCUUCCUAACUAGCUAAGAUUAAUUGGGCAUUAUUAUAUCUCAUAGUGACGCCUUCAGACAUUGUCUAAUCAAUUAGCUAGCUCCAUCAAUUCCUUGGUGCCCCUCGACAAACACAUCUUGAUGCAACUAAUCGCGUCCAACGACACUAGAAUCUACACCUGGUCAAAGCAUUUAUGUCCUCUGCCUGUGAUAUCGCUUUAACAUGAUAUUGUGAUGUCAAUUGGGCAAGAUGCUCUUUUACUCGCCGAUCUAGCACAUGCUAUUUAGUCACCCUUGGAAGCUCACCUAUAUCAUGGCAGACGAAGAAAUAGUAUGUCGUUUCUCGCUCUUCUGCUGAAGCAGAAUAUCACCCUAGGGCAUUCACAGUCAGUGAUAUUUUAUGGUUGCACUAGUUACUAUGAGAGCUCACGAUUCAUCAAAAGGACCCCCACGUUGCUUUAAUGCGAUAACCAGGCGGCACGAUACAUUGCACUUAACCCAAUUUUCCAUGAACUUACCAUACAUGGAAGAUUAUCAAGAUGUGAUAUAUUCACAAAAGCACUAAGAACAGACCAUUUUCAAUUUCUUUAGACCAAGUUGGGUGCUCGUAACCUACACACUCCACCGAGGGGGUAUUGAAGUUUGAAGUCUACGUGUUGUGUACUUUUCAUACAUGAAUCGUAAUAGUUGACUAGGAUUAUUAUUUGCAUGUUAAUUGUAUUAUUUCAUGGCCCAUGUAACCUCUUUCCUAGCAAGCACUCCUCAUCCCAAUUGUAUUAUAUAUGUAUCUAGAUCUAAUGAGAAAACAUAACGAGAAU